AUGGAUUAUUACGAGUAUUUUAUUUCUUGUGAAAUACUUCAGGAACUCUUGAAAUGUCUGCAAUAUCUUCACGAUAUGGAUCCUCCGGUCAUUCACCGGGACUUAAAACCAGAGAAUGUAUUGAUUUCACCCAAUAAUAUGCACAUAAAGUUGUGUGACUUUGGUUUGGCCACCGAUCACGUGAGUCCAUCCAUGGACCACACGCAGGGCACAGGAACCCCACAAUACAUGGCCAUUGAAGUCAUAACUUCCAGACAAUAUAGCAUUAAAGCAGACAUUUAUAGUCUCGGAGUAAUUGCAUCUCACUUAUUUGAUGCAGACUUGAAUGUUGCCUACGGUUGGGACUCAACUCAUGGGGACUAUGAGAAGAGACAGUUACUACCGCUGCCACGGAUAGGGAGGUCUUAUGCUAUGGAGAAGCGUCAGGGACUGAUCCCAUCGCCACGAGUUGGCCGUUCGUCCGCUACUUAUAAUGGUAUCGAAACCGAUUGCUCUCUGAAUCCCGAGUUAUGUAAUGAACUGAUGGCUAGAGUCCUGCAUGCAGUGCAUGAAGAAGUUCCUCCU